AUGAAGUCCGCCACUAUCCUGUCGACUGCAGUUUUUGCAACCACCGUUGUGGCUCGAUUAUACAAACGCGAUGAGUGUUCAGAAGUUUGCACCAACGCGUACAAUGCAUGCACACAAGAACCAGACGCCAGCCAGGCUUUUUGCGCAACUGAAUAUGCGAAUUGUCUAGGCUUCAAUCCUUUUCUGGGGCAAGAGUCUGUCCCUGAACCAACUGCAUGUUCCGCAGGCGCCACGGGUGCCACAGGCGCACCGGCGAUAAGCUCAUCGUCUUCAAGCACAUCAGCCUCAAGUGUAUCAGCUUCCAGUGUCAUAGUUUCAGUCCCAUCAGCCACUGUUAUCGCGACCACGAGUAGCACACUCGUCGUAACACCCACCUUUACAGUCCCAACCGGUAGCGGUGACGAUGAUGAAGAAACCCAGGCGACCGAUACAGGCAGUCCCAGCACAACUGAAAGGUCAUACAGUAUUCCUUACACAUACGACUGCGUAUCUGCGUGCAACAGCGACUACAACACCUGUCGCACGGCCCCUAAUGCAAACAGGGCUACUUGUGCAUCCGAGUACGCCGAGUGCCUUGGCUACAACCCUUUCAACAGCGAGGGUUCGCUCGUUACGCCUACCGAAUGUUCUGUCGCAGCUUCUGACAUUGUCGUUCCUACUAUGUCUGGCGCGAGUUCAGCGCGGUCGAUGGCAUCAGUAUCGCCACCACCUAUGCAGGACACGACUUUGGGGAUAGCCACUACCUUCCUGCAACCUAUAGCUACUUGCGGUCCUGGCGAGUGCACUUAUCCUACCGCGACGAAUGAAGAAGCUCCGCCGAUGGGGAGUGAGACACCUGUUGUUAUUGUUGACAGUGCUGGAAGUCUUCAACCUCUGAUGGUUCUGGUUGCAGUGGCGGCUGUGGUUGCACUAUGA